AUGGAUGUCUUUAAAAGGUCUGGUUCUGGGGAGCCAGAUAAUGAAAUCUCUUCAGACUGCAAUCACCUCUUGUGGAACUACAAGCUGAAUCUGACUACAGAUCCAAAGUUUGAAUCCGUGGCCAGAGAAGUCUGCAAGUCCACUAUUGCAGAGAUCAAGGAGUGUGCGGAUGAACCAGUUGGUAAAGGCUUCUUGGUGUCAUGUUUGGUGGAUCACAGAGGCAACAUCACUGAAUACCAGUGCCAUCAGUACAUCACUAAAAUGACAGCCAUUAUCUUCAGCGAUUAUCGGUUGAUCUGUGGCUUCAUGGAUGACUGCAAGGCUGACAUCAAUCUCCUGAAAUGUGGCAGCAUUCGACCUGGAGAAAAGGAUGCCCACUCACAAGGAGAGGUGGUGGCAUGUCUGGAAAAAGGCCUGGUAAAAGAGGCAGAGGAGACUGAUCCUCGAAUUCAGGUUUCUGAUCAGUGUAAGAAAGCAAUUCUUCGUGUAGCUGAACUCUCUUCGGAUGACUUCCACUUGGACCGGCAUCUCUACUUUGCAUGUCGAGAUGAUAGAGAAAGGUUUUGUGAAAAUACGCAGGCUGGGGAAGGCCGAGUCUACAAGUGCCUCUUUAAUCACAAGUUUGAAGAAUCAAUGAGUGAAAAGUGUCGUGAUGCGCUGACAACCCGCCAGAAGCUGAUCGCCCAAGACUACAAAGUCAGUUACUCGCUGGCCAAGUCCUGUAAAAGUGAUCUGAAGAAAUACCGCUGUAAUGUGGAGAACCUUCCCCGGUCUCGGGAAGCCAGGCUUUCCUAUCUGUUGAUGUGCUUAGAGUCUGCUGUGCACAGAGGUCGACAAGUGAGCAGCGAGUGCCAGGGUGAAAUGUUGGAUUACCGGCGCAUGCUGAUGGAAGACUUCUCGCUGAGCCCAGAAAUCAUCCUGAGCUGCCGAGGGGAGAUCGAGCACCACUGCUCAGGCCUGCAUCGGAAGGGUCGCACCCUGCAUUGCCUGAUGAAAGUAGUACGGGGCGAAAAGGGAAACGUCGGGCUGAAUUGUCAGCAGGCACUUCAAACACUGAUUCAAGAAACUGACCCCGGUGCAGAUUAUCGCAUUGACCGAGCGUUGAACGAGGCCUGUGAGUCGGUGAUACAGACUGCCUGCAAGCACAUACGCUCUGGAGACCCCAUGAUUCUGUCCUGCCUGAUGGAGCACUUGUAUACUGAGAAGAUGGUAGAGGACUGUGAGCAUAGGCUCCUGGAGCUCCAGUAUUUUAUAUCUCGUGAUUGGAAAUUGGAUACAGUCCUUUACCGCAAGUGUCAGGGAGACGCCUCCCGUCUAUGCCAUACCCAUGGCUGGAAUGAGACUAGUGAGCUGAUGCCUCCAGGGGCUGUUUUCUCCUGCUUGUACAGGCAUGCGUACCGCACAGAGGAGCAAGGAAGGAGGCUAUCACGAGAGUGCAGAGCAGAGGUGCAGAGAAUCCUCCAUCAGCGUGCCAUGGAUGUGAAGCUGGACCCAGCCUUGCAGGACAAGUGCAUGAUUGACUUGGGAAAGUGGUGCAGUGAAAAAACAGAGACAGGGCAGGAGCUGGAAUGCCUUCAGGACCAUCUUGAUGACUUGGUGUCUGAUUGCAGAGACAUAGUGGGAAACCUCACUGAGCUGGAAUCUGAGGACAUUCAAAUUGAAGCCUUGCUGAUGAGAGCAUGUGAGCCCAUUAUCCAGACAUUCUGUCAUGAGGUUGCAGAUAACCAGAUUGAUUCUGGAGACCUGAUGGAGUGUUUAAUACAGAACAAACACCAGAAGGAAAUGAAUGAAAAAUGUGCAAUAGGAGUUACUCAUUUCCAGCUGGUUCAAAUGAAAGAUUUUAGGUUCUCAUACAAGUUUAAAAUGGCUUGCAAGGAGGAUGUGCUGAAACUUUGCCCCAACAUCAAAAAGAAGGUGGAUGUAGUGAUCUGUCUGAGCACAACUGUGCGCAAUGAUACUUUGCAGGAUGCCAAGGAGCACAGGGUCUCUCUGAAGUGCCGCAAACAGCUGCGUGUUGAGGAGCUAGAGAUGACUGAGGAUAUCAGACUUGAACCAGAACUGUAUGAGGCUUGUAAAAGUGACAUCAAGAAUUACUGCCAGAACGUGCCUUAUGGCAAUGCUCAGAUUAUUGAAUGCUUGAAGGAAAUCAAGAAGCAGUUGAGUACCCGAUGCCACCAAAAGGUGUUUAAACUGCAGGAGACAGAGAUGAUGGAUCCAGAACUGGACUACACACUCAUGAGAGUCUGCAAGCAGAUGAUAAAGCGGUUUUGUCCAGAAGCAGACUCAAAAAAUAUGUUGCAGUGUUUGAAACAAAACAAGAACAGUGAAGUGAUGGAUCCUAAAUGCAAGCAAAUGAUUACCAAGCGCCAGAUUACACAGAAUACAGAUUACCGUUUAAAUCCAGUGCUCAGGAAGGCCUGCAAAGCAGAUAUACCAAAAUUCUGCCAAAAUAUCCUGAAUAGGGCCAAGGAUGAUACAGAGUUAGAAGGGCAAGUCAUCUCAUGCCUGAAGUUGAAAUAUGCAGACCAGCGUCUCUCUCCAGACUGUGAGGACCAAAUUCGUGUGAUUAUCCAGGAAUCAGCUCUUGAUUAUCGGUUGGAUCCCCAACUCCAGAUGCACUGCUCUGAAGAGAUUUCCAGCUUGUGUGCAGAAGAAGCAGCAGCUCAGGAGCAGACUGGGCAGGUGGAAGAAUGUCUGAAAGUGAAUCUGCUGAAAAUAAAAACUGAAAUGUGCAAGAAGGAAGUACUCAACAUGCUGAAAGAAAGCAAAGCAGAUAUAUUUGUUGACCCAGUGCUCCACACAGCCUGUGCCCUAGACAUCAAACACCACUGUGCUGCCAUUCCACCAGGGAGAGGACGCCAAAUGUCAUGCCUAAUGGAGGCUCUGGAAGAUAAGCGUGUGAGGUUGCAGCCUGAAUGCAAGAAACGCCUUAACGAUCGUAUUGAAAUGUGGAGCUAUGCCGCAAAGGUUGCCCCAGCAGAAGGCUUUUCUGACCUUGCCAUGCAAGUUAUGACCUCUCCGUCCAAGAAUUACAUACUGUCUGUGAUCACGGUUGGCAUCUGUGUACUCUUCCUCAUCGGCCUGAUGUGUGGACGCAUCACCAAGCGGGUGACAAGAGAGCUCAAGGACAGGUAGAGCCUGGAUUGCCUGCUGAAGAAAUGCCUGCCCAGUGCCCAGUUUUGUACAGCCCUCCUCUGUAUAGUCUACCCAACCCCUCUUCUGAGAGGAGAAU